AUGGCUUCAAGAGGCAUCCCGUUGGAUGCUGGUGCGUUAAUGUCAACAGUGCUAGAAGGCAUUUUAUACGGCUUUUCACUCCUCAUGUUUAUUGGUACCAUCUGGGCUCUGACUUACAAACGUCGCAUACGGGACGUCAAUCGCCCAAUCGCUGUGGUGGCCAUCCUGCUGUUAAUACUGAGUACCGCGCACAUGGUCGUGAAUACUAUUCGUACCGAAGAUGGACUGGUGAAAUAUCGCGACACCUUCCAAGGCGGGCCAAUGGCGUUCUUCGGAGACCUUACCCAACAAACGUUUGUGAUCAAGCAUGCGUUAUAUCUCUUGCAAACGCUUCUUGCUGAUGGGGUAGUGAUCUACCGCUGUUAUGUUGUUUGGAGAUCCCUUUGGAUGAUCAUCCUACCAAGCAUAAUGUGGUGCACCGUCGCAGUGACUGGUGUUUUUGCAACCUACAAUGUCUCACAGGACAGAAGUAACUCCGGAAACAUCUUCGCCAAAGUGCUUGCACAGUGGAUCACGGCAUUCUUUGCCUCGACUAUCGCAACCAAUCUGUUGAGUUCAGGAUUACUGGCAUAUCGUGUCUGGAUGAUCGAACGCAAUGUCUCUACAAUUCGCACUACGAAGGGCACAAUGAUGCCAAUGGUGCGCGUGCUUGUGGAUUCCGCUGGUUUAUAUUCUGUGGUGCUCUCCAUCAUACUAAUAUGUUUCGUCUGCUCGAACAACGGAGAGUCUGUUGUUGUGGACAUGGCCAUGCCGAUCAUGUCAAUCGCCUUCUACAUGGUGCUUAUUCGCCUCGCAAUCAACAGAAACACUCGCAGUUACCACUCGACUUCCCCUAGAGCCACAACCGAUGCCAUGGAACAGGAACGCAGGCGACAGAUUUGUAUGGCGCCCUUGCAGGUCCACAUAUCCCAAUGUACGCAGGAUGAUAGUACGUUGGCGUACAAAGUGGGGAAUGAAGACCAACAACCAUCGAUAUACAAGACAGAGUCUGUGUAAAGGGCGCCUACAUGUAGUCAACUUGAAUGCCAUAUAUCUGUUUCCUAGAGAUUGUGUUUACCCUUCUUCCAACUUACAUAACCGCACACUUGCACUUAUUUCUCGUUGUACCAUCUUACCGCUUUCGCUUUCACUGUAGUUCUAUUCCCCUGUAGCCACGAACUGACUGAAGUCUCUGAAC